GCUCCUGAAGAUUAAGUGUGAAAUGAGCAUAAAGCCCCAGCAGAAUGUCUUGCAUGUCAUACUUUAUCACUUUGAGUUUUGACUGUGGUUACUGGUUUUUCAAUUUCAGGAGAUGAGGUUUCAGUGCAUUAUGACCCCAUGAUUGCAAAGCUGGUUGUAUGGGCUGCAGAUCGCCAGGCGGCCUUGACGAAACUGAGGUACAGCCUUCGUCAGUACAAUAUUGUUGGACUGCAUACCAACAUUGACUUCCUCCUCAGCCUGUCCGGCCAUCCAGAAUUUGAGGCUGGGAACGUGCACACGGAUUUCAUCGCUCAACACCACAAGGAACUGUUUCCCAGUAGGAAGGCCACAGCCAAGGAGUUUUUAUGCCAGGCAGCUCUGGGUCUCAUCCUCAAGGAGAAAGCCGUGUCUGAUGUUUUCAACAUUCAGUCCCAAGAUCAGUACUCACCUUUUGCAUUCAGCAGUGGAAGAAGACUGAAUAUCUCUUACACGAGAAACAUAACUCUGAGGGAUGGUAAAAACAGUAAGUAAUGUUUUAUUAAAAAG